ACGACAACGACACGACCCCACAAUGACGACGGCGGCUACGCCAGCGAUGCCAAUACCAACGUGCUCUUAGGCCUUGGAACAUCUUGGCCCUAUUUAUCUUUCUCCCUGGACGAACGGCCUCUGCUGCUACUGAGAUGAUGAGAUGAAUGCCUGCCUGCCACGCACUGCAUUCAGACUUUGCUCGCACUGCGUCUUCGUACCUUCUACUGCACCAUUUCGAGGUCCACACACACACACGCACUUCACAGCUCAACAUUGGCUUUCUUUUCUCCCUCUGUUCUCUCUCUCUCUCUCUGGCACACAAUCAAAGACCAAGGAUACCCAAGAAUUCCCCAACUUCAUUCUUCUCGACUCUGUUUAAGGGCUUCGGCCCUUCAAUUUUCAAUUUUCGGCUUCAAUCUUCAUUCUUGCUCGCGCAUCAUUAUCACCAUUACCACCUUUAUCAUCAUCAUCAUUCUCAUCAUCAUCAUCAUCAUCAACAAUACGAAGCGGCCCCCUUCUUCCCUCCCCUUUCUCCCUCUUUGCACCAUCUCAUCAUUCUCUUCUCCUGAAUUUUUUCAACCUCAAUAUCCAAUUCUUGUCUUUUUCCCUUUCGUUUUCGUUUUCGUUUUCGUUUUUUCUUUCUGUUUUCUUUCUGUUCUUUUGUUCUUUUGUUGGUUGUUCUUGCACCCACACUGUCCUCUAAUACCAAUCCCCUCGCUCACUCGCUCCCUCGCUCUGCAC